AAUACUGCAUGCUAGCUGACUGCGGUCGAAUAAAGUUCCAUUGCUAGUCGCGGGCCGUCCUUCGCGGCCAGACCUUUCAAGAGCAGGGCAUUGUUCUUCAGCUUAAGGCCGUAGCAUAUCAUGGAGCAAAGUACAAAGGUAGAGGACAUCCUACAUGUGGGAGUGUAGUCGCAGUACCACCUCAGUUAGCUUGACACAUUUCAGGGCCUUACGAUCGUAUUCUUAUUCGAGUCAAAAGAAAUAUACGAAUAACAACCCUUAAGAUCAGAAACCUUGGACUACGGACAACGUCGCCAACCAGCUAGCUGAGCCCUUUCGAAACUCGCGGACUCUGCGUAGAAGAUUGAGAUAUAACUGUACAGAUGACUUCCCUCUUCCCGCACACACCAUACGCCGAGGACCAACCCUACGCACAAUCGAUCCUCUACCUCCACACCAUGCGCGCCUCCGCAAUGUCCUUUACCUUCCUAUCCCUUUUCCAACUCCCGAUCUCUCUAAUUCGCGCUAGAAGGAGUCAGACCCCCAUCUCCACGUCCAUACUGCUCACCGACACUCUGAGGACGUCGGGUCGUGGCCUCGUAUUAGGGACAGUAGCUGGUGCUGCUAUGGUUUUGGGGCGCAUGUGGGGAAGGGAAGAGAUAGAGUGGAAGGAUAGGUCAUGGAGAAUACUGGAGAACAAGGGAGAAAUCAAGACGGAUUGGGUGACACUUGGUGGAGCUGGCGCAGGUGCUGUAGCAGGAGUGGUGGCUGCGAGGAGAGGAGUAUUACCUAUCAGCGCUGGAAAUGCAGUCCUCGGAGGCGCAGGGCUAGGAAUGGCGAAUGGUGUGCCGUAUAUGAUUGCAUCAUUUGCGACGGGGAGAAAGCCUGCGUAGAGGAAGAGGAAGUACCUGGUUUUCCUGGUAAUUCUAUCUCAGGAGCUUGUUCGUCUUGGAGCCUCUUCACGUGCCUUUAGUCCCUCCCAAGCGGUAGCAAUCCAAACCUCGAUUUCUAAUUCCUAUAC